AUGGAGGACAAAAAAAAAGUUGAAGAUUUGGAAUCUAAUAAAUAUGAUAUUGAUGAAGAAGAUUUGCUAGAUGAUGAAGGAAGAUUAAAUGAAGAAGAAAGGCAAGCGGAACUAGAAGGAGAAAGUUUAUUCGAAGAAGAUGAAGGUUUUAUUUUUGGUGCAGAGGAUGAGAAAAAAGAAAUGCAAAAAUUAAGAAAUUUGGGUUUAGACAAUGAUGAGUAUGAUGACGAUUUUAUUGAUGACGAAAUAGAUUAUGAAGAUAACAUGAAAGCAAGAAGAGCAGCAGAAAGACAUAUACAGAUACAAAGAAAACAGGAGGGGAAGUAUGAAAAAAAUAAAUUUUGGAAGACUUUAGAAGAUCAAUUAGAAGGGGAUGAUCAAGAAGAAGAUAUUUUUGAUAAAGUAGCAGAAAAAGUUGCAAAGAGAAGAGAAAAUAUACACUUGUCUGCAGAAGAGACAGAUAUUCCUGAUUUAUCCAAUUUAGAAAGUGCAAAAAUAUGUUUAUCAGUUAACCCUAAAGAUGUAAUAUUUGAUGAAAGAUACCAACAGGCAGCGGAUACAUGUUUUCGCUAUUUUUUACAUAAGUUCUCUUUAAAAGAUUCGAUGGGUCUUAAUAUUGAUCAUUCAGAUAUGGAUGACAAUGAAGAUGAAAAUAUGAGUAGCUCUCAUCAAUAUUAUAUAGAUAAAAUAGAAAAAAUGAUAUUAAAUGACAAACACACUUUAAUAGUUUCAGCAAAACAUUUAAUUCAAUUUCAUUGUGAAAAUCUAGUUCAGUGGAUAGAAUUUAAACCGGAACAAAUAUUGGAAGUAUUACAUGAAUGUUUAAUGGUAGAAGCAUAUAGAAUAUCUCCUAAAUUAUAUAAAGGAAGAAUAUGUAAAGUCGUUUUAAGAGAUUGGCCUUAUUCAACUCAAUUGAGAAAUUUAAGAUGCACUGAGCUAAAUACCUUAAUUAAAGUAACAGGAGUAUGUAUAAAGAGGGGUUAUGUGUUACCGAAAUUGAGAGUUAUGUAUUUAAAAUGUAAUUCAUGUGAGACUACAUUAUCAGAAGUGCCUAUUUACUUUGCUGAUGGAAAGAAGCCAAUACUACCAAGAAGAUGCCCCCAUUGUCAAUCAGCCACUUUUUCAGUUGAUAGAGUAAAAACAGCUUAUACUGAUUUUCAAAAAAUUACUUUACAAGAAUCUCCAUCUUCUGUUCCAGCGGGAAGAGCUCCUAGACAAAGAGAAGUUAUUGUUACAGGAGAUUUAGUAGAUAAGGUAAAACCAGGAGAAGAAGUAGAAGUAUUAGGAAUAUAUAAAACAAAAUAUGAUAUUGGAUUAAAUAUAAAAUAUGGAUUCCCUAUUUUACAAACAGAAAUUGAAGCUAAUAAUAUAGAAAGAAAAGAAGAUAUUCAAUUAAGUGAAUUAACGGAAGAUGAUAUUAAAGAUAUUAUAAAAUUAUCAAAGGAUCCAAAUAUAAGAGAAAGAAUUAUUACAUCUAUUGCACCAGCUAUUUGGGGGCAUAAAGAUAUUAAAACAUCUAUUGCUUAUGCACUAUUUGGUGGAGUACAAAAAGGAGGAGAUAAAAGCCAUGCGAAAAAUGAAUCUAAUAACUUCGGUUUACAAAAUAGAGAUAUUUUAAAUAACUUUAAAGGAGGACAUACUAUUAGAGGAGAUAUAAAUGUAUUAUUAUUAGGGGAUCCAGGAUUAGGAAAGUCUCAAGUAUUGCAGUACGUUCAUAAAACUAAUUUGAGAACUGUUUAUACUACUGGUAAAGGUGCUUCAGCUGUUGGUUUAACUGCAGGUGUAAGAAAAGAUCAUACAACAAAUGAAUGGACACUAGAGGGAGGCGCUUUAGUUUUAGCGGAUGAGGGAAUUUGCAUUAUUGACGAAUUUGAUAAAAUGACAGACAAAGAUAGAGUUAGUAUACACGAAGCAAUGGAACAGCAAUCCAUUUCAAUUUCUAAAGCAGGUAUUGUUACAACUUUAAGAGCUAGAUGCGCUGUUAUUGCAGCUGCAAAUCCUAUUUAUGGACGUUAUGAUCCUACUUUAACUUUUAAAGAAAAUGUAGAUUUAUCAGAUCCUAUUUUAAGUAGAUUUGAUUUAAUCACUGUUUUAAGGGACAUACCUAAUGUAGAUGAGGAUUUUUAUUUAGCUGAAUAUGUUGUCACAAAUCAUCAAUUGAGUCAUCCUAAACUAGAGAAUACCCAAAAUUAUCAAAAAAGAAUUGAGAAUUUAAAAAACGUAAUUGUUUCUUCUUCUGCUUAUGAACCUAUUCCUCAAGAUUUAUUGCAAAAGUAUAUUAUUUACGCAAGAACAAACUGUAAACCUAGUUUGUCAGAUGUUCCAUAUGCAGAAAUUAGUGCAAAGUUAUCUAAUUUUUAUAGUAGAGUGAGACAAAAAGCUAGCGCAUCAGGUGGUUAUCCAUUAACUUUAAGGCACAUUGAAAGUAUUAUAAGAAUUGCUGAAGCUAAUGCUAAAAUGAGAUUAUCUCAACAAAUUGUUUCUAAAGAUGUAGAUUAUGCUAUAGCAACUUUAUUAGAAUCAUAUGUUUCUUGUCAAAGAUUUGCUGUUGCUAAACAGUUAAGUAAAGAGUUUGCAAGAUAUAGAGCUUUGUUUAGAGGAGGGCACGAGGUUUUAUGUGAAUUAGUUAGAAGGACUGUACAACAAAUCAUUCAAAGAGAAAAUUUAAAAAAUGCUUCUGCUAAGGAUUUUCAAAAUGAUAUAGAAUCGGGUACUGAAAAUGAAACUGACUUUUUAAACCCAAAUAAUGUUUUUCUUCCUCUUAAUAUUUUUAUGAAGACAGCUAUGCAAAAUAAAUUUUCUGAAUAUCAAAUUGUUAAUUGGAUGAAAUCCAAAGUGUUUAAUGAACAUUAUGCAGUGAUAAAAAGAGAUGGUGUCGAAGGAAUAAUAAGUAAGAAGUUUAAAAUUUAA